AACCACUCUGAUGCCGUCCAGACAGUUCCCAGCUACUUACCACCGGGAGUCAGCCGAGCGUUCGUCGCCGCCGUUCAAAGUCGGAGCUCUUUGCACACAAUGUCCACGGUUACUUUCAAAGAGCGGCUCAGAGGCGUGUCGCUCAUCUUCGCGUGUGGGACUGCCCUGUUCUCAGAUGGUUAUGCCAACGGUGUAAUUGGAAGCGUAAAUACCCUCCUCAAGCGGACUUAUGGCACAGCAGCAUUCCCCAGCAACUAUAGCACGACCCUCAGCAGUGUGGUUUUUGUGGGUACGGUCCUUGGCAUGGUCAGCUUCGGCUGGAUUUCGGACAAAAUUGGCCGUAAAUCUGGCAUGAUGUCCGCUGCGGCCAUUGUUGCCUUCUUCACGCUUUUAUCUGCGGCGUCAUCUGGUGCAAACCACAGCGUUCAUGGCCUUCUUGCUAUGCUUAUCGUCUCUCGCUUCUUCCUUGGGAUUGGCAUCGGCGCAGAGUACCCUUGUGGCUCGGUAUCAUGCUCGGAACAAACAGAAAGUGAAUCCAUCGCUAAGAAUGCCCAACAUCGGUGGUUCGCUCUCGCCACCAACAGCAUGAUCGACUUCGGAUUCGUCAUCGCUGCGUUUGUCCCUCUGGUUCUAUUCUGGAUCUUUGGGGAGCACCACCUUCGCGCCGCCUGGCGUCUGUCGCUCGGUCUUGGCUUCGUUCCAGCUGCUCUAGUCUUUGUCUGGCGAUGGAACAUGGAGGAGCCUGCCAUGUUCAAGAAAGGUGCUAUGAAAUCAGUCAAGAUUCCCUAUAUGCUCGUUCUUCGCAAAUAUGGCCUCCGGCUUGCCGCCAUCAGCGUUACAUGGUUCAUUUACGAUUUCAUCACCUAUCCUUUCGGCAUUUACUCUUCCACUAUCGUCGAUAGCAUCACCGGUGGUAACUCUUCCUUGACCACCGUCUUUGGAUGGAACGUUGUCAUCAACUUGUUCUACAUGCCCGGAACUAUCAUUGGUGCAUUCGUCGUAGACUACCUGGGACCAAAGUACACUAUGAUCACUGGCUUGCUUUUCCAAGCCCUGUUCGGCUUCGUCAUGAGUGGUGCCUAUGACCACCUUAAGAAGCACAUCGCGGGGUUCGCUGUCAUCUACGGGAUUUUCCUCUCUUUUGGCGAGUUCGGCCCUGGCAACAACCUCGGCCUUCUUGCCAGUAAAAGCAGUCCGACCUGCGUUCGAGGUCAAUUCUAUGGUGUGGCAGCUGCUAUUGGCAAGAUUGGUGCCUUUGUCGGUACCUGGGCUUUCCCACCCAUGAUAGACGCGUUCUCGAAGCAUGGCAGUGACAAAGGCGACACUGGUCCUUUUUGGGUCGGUAGCGGUCUUGCCAUUUUCAGUGCUCUCAUUACGUUCUUCUUCAUCGUACCGCUCUCUCACGAUGGAAUGGCCAAGGAAGAUGCCGAGUUCCGCGCAUACCUCGAGGCCAAUGGUUUCGAUACCUCCCUCAUGGGCUUCGAUGAUUCGGAGAACACACAGACUUCAUCUGUGCAAGAAGAUCAAGACCUCGAUGAGAAGAAGGCGGUUGUGUAA